AUGAGGUGUGAAUUAGACAGAAAUUAUUUGGCGACCCUCAUCGAACGUUUCGAUGCUCUCGCCGUGGCCGCCAAGAAAGAAGAACAAGAGGCCGACGAAAUCGUAGCCAGCAUUCCGAAGGCGCAAAUUGAAGAGGCUGUACGAUUUGGCCGACAAUACGUAGAAGAAUGGAAGCAGCUGGAACAGCGUAUAGCUAAAGAGGAUGAAAAUCGAUUCAUGCUUCAAGGCACUUCUGAUAAAAAUGGUGGUACCUUAUUGUCGCCCGGUGCCAAGUAUUCGGCACGUUUCUCUUUUGUACGACACAAUCCCGCCGCUAUGGCUCAAUCUAAGGAAGCCGCUGUUGAUUACGUGGCCCGACAAUACUUGAGUGACCAAUUGGGAAUUCCGGCAGGGAAAAUUGGACCGAUUAGUAGAUUGGCUGCGUCAUCUAAUGUCACAGAUAGACAGGCUGCACUUCCUCCUCUUGCGCCGUGUGACUUCAGUUCCAAAUUUCGCACAAUAGACGGUUCAUGUAACAGCAAUUACCAACCCAGAUUCGGACAAGCUGGCACAAUCUUUCGGCGAUUUAUCGACUUUAGCAAUUACGCAGACAAUGUGUCCAAGUUCCGGAACUCUGUAUACGGGAAUCCAUUACCAAGCCCACGCCUCAUCUCCACCACUGUUAUGGUGAACGACACUGUGCCCGAUCCCAGCGUGACUCUACUAACGAUGCAAUGGGGACAGUUUCUCGAUCACGACCUCACUCUUACUCCAACGUUCACAAAAAGUGAUGGAUCUGCUUACCAAUGCUGCUCACGGGAACAGACGGGCGUUGACGUUGUUCCACCUCACCCUGAAUGUUCUCCAAUCGCCAUUCCUAGAGGAGAUAAGAAAUAUGAUCCAUCGGACACCAGUCAAGUCACUUGUAUGAACUUUAUUCGCUCCAUUUUCGGCAAAGAUCUCUACGGAAACACACCAAGGCUGCGGCACCAUGUGAACAGUCUUACGCAUUGGAUCGACGGUUCAAACGUCUACGGCAGUGACGAAGCCACAGCACAGAGAUUGCGAGAUCCUAUUGGCAAUGGUCGGAUGAAGGUUUCAUUCAAUGGCGAUCGCCAGAUGCUACCAGUGAAACCUGAUUGUUGCAAUGCUCCCAUUCCUACGGGUGGAACCUGUACGGCCAUAUGCUUUGAUGCAGGUGAUGAGAGAGUGAACGAGCAGCCCUUACUCAGUUUGAUGCACACGAUUUGGGUUCGCGAGCACAAUCGCAUCGUGGAUAACUUGCACAUCGUAGCACCGUUCCAAACGCCCGAUUUCUACUACCAACACGCUCGCCGCAUCGUCAUCGCCGAAAUGCAGCACAUCAUCUACAACGAGUACUUGCCCGUCAUGAUUGGUCCGGAAAGGGCUGCCCAGGUCACGAGUGAGGAGUUCACGUAUAACAAAUAUACCAAUCCAGCCAUUGCCACGGAAUUUUCUACGGCCGCUUUCCGCAUGGGUCACUCUCAGUUGAGGAGCUUCAUCAGAUUGUUUGAGAAGAAUGGACAACACAGCAAAGACAGCUACACACUGUCCGACUCGUUUGAUGAGCCCUUCAGGAUGCACCAACCAAAUUUCAUGGACAACGCACUACGAGGACUCCUACAAGUUCCUGCCAUGGCGGUUGACAACUGUAUGGCCGACGAUAUCACUAGUCAACUAUUCAAGCCAAAAGGGAAAACACUUGGACUUGACUUGAUUUCAUUAAACAUUCAACGAGGAAGAGAUCACGGUUUACCUCCCUACGGCUUAAUGGCCUACUAUUUGCUUUCGAAUUCCGGAUUACAAACAUACCCAAAUCAGUUUGAUGAUUUGCUACAUAGAAUGCCAGUCGAGGCCGUCAAUGCACUCAGGUCGGUUUACAGUAACGUGGGUGACAUCGACUUGUUCAUCGGCGGAGUUGUUGAAACGCCUUUGCCCAACGCUGUACUGGGACGCACAUUUGCCGGUCUUUUUUCAUUGCAAUUUUUGUAUUUACGACAGGCUGAUCGCUUCUUCUACACGUCUAACAUUGGCCAACCCUACGCCCUAACUUCAAACCAAUUGGUCGAAAUCGAAAAAGUUUCGUUGGCAAAAAUUAUUUGCGACAACAGCGACGGUUCAAUCACUCGUAUCCAACCGAAAGCCUUCCGAAUUCCUGACGAUUUGUUAAACAAGCCCGUUUCAUGCAGUAGUUUGGCAGGAAUCGACUUUGCCAAAUUCUUACCGCUCUAACCACUCCAUACAGAAGCGUGAAUAUGUUCGGAGACUGAUCUAGCCCAAUCGUGGUUUCUUUUCCUUGGUGGUUGCGGGUUAAUCAACACAGUAUUCAUGUAUGAAGAAGAGGUUUAAGCAAAUAAACCGGUUGCGGAGAAU